CCUCCCCCCACUCACACCCGCUCGUUCGGACGCAGUGAAGAAGCAGCAGAAUACAAGGCUGAAAAGAGGCAUGGCAUUAGAAGAAAAAUAAUGGAUGGGGGAAAUGCGGCAUUGAAAAAUGAGGAGCGCAGACAUUGAGAAACUGGAUACAAGCCAGGAUCAUUAAGAUUUCUGAAGGGUAUGGCUGUGAGAAUAACUUCAAGACAAACCUCAGUAUUUUUCCUUCAGUCAGAUGUAGCAGCAAAGCUGUUAGCAUACAUCCUUGGACGCAUUGCAGCCUGCUCAACAUACAAAUACAGCUCUGCACGGUUUCAUUUUUAUGGGUUACAUCGCAGUUUGCUUCCUGUCAAAGUGACUGUUCAGCCGCUAUCCGUUAAAAAGGAAAUUGAUGCCAACUGAAGCUGUUGUAUCUUAGUUUCAAUCAUUGAAAAAAAGAGCAACAUGUGUAAUGCCUACUUCAAAGCAACAAGAGCAAAUCAGGAAACAUCAGGGAUCCCUGUGGUUUGCCCUGCAGCACGAUAAGUGAAUGAAGAGCUGUGCUGAAGUCAUGCAGUGGAGACGCAGACACUGCUGCACACAUGCAGCUAAACUUCUCUAUCUUCUCUCCUUGUUGGGAUUAUUGAUCUUUCUAGUACACCAGGUGUGGCUCCCACAGCUCAUAGGUUUGCCAUGGUGGAGGGGACAUCCUGUGGUCUUUGGAGGAGAGAAGCUUGAGUCAACCAAAGCCAAAUCAAACUUGAGCUCCAAACGUAGCACGUGGCACUUUGUUAUAAUCCCGCAGCCAACCAUUAAUGUGGACAACUCCUCACAUGAGAACAUAGGCCUCUCAUCUCUUCAGGAAGAGCCCGCUCCGCACUCACUGACUGCCAACGGCACACAAACUGAGCCGCAAGAACUGAUGUCAGAUGGGCCUUUUGAUUACAUCAUAAAUGAACAAAACAAGUGCUCAGAGGGGACACUUGUCCCAUUUCUGGUGUUGCUGAUAGCUACUGAGGCUCGCCAGGUAGAGGCGAGAAAUGCUAUUCGACAGACAUGGGGAAAUGAGAGUGUUGCUCCUGCUUUGGGCUUCAUACGCUUGUUUUUGUUGGGAAAAAAUGAAGGUGAGCUGGGGCUUGUACAGCAGAAGAUGCUGGAGUCAGAGAGUCGAAGGCAUCAUGAUAUUAUUCAACAAAACUUUCUAGACUCAUAUAAAAACUUGACUGUUAAAACAAUGAUGGGAAUAAACUGGGUAUCAAAAUAUUGUCCACAUGCUGCAUAUGUGAUGAAGACAGACAGCGACAUGUUUGUCAACACAGAAUAUCUCAUACAGAAAUUACUUAGACCAGACCUGACACACAGAACAAAUUAUUUUACAGGGAAUAACAUGAGAGGCUUUGCACCAAAUCGAAACAAAAACAGUAAAUGGUACAUGCCUCCAGAAUCCUACCCAGGCAACAAAUACCCCACGUUCUGUUCUGGAACAGGCUAUGUCUUCUCUGGAGACCUGGCAAGGAAGAUCUACAAAGUGUCGCUAAACAUCCGCUAUCUACAUCUGGAAGAUGUGUAUGUAGGAGUCUGUCUAGCUGAGCUCGGCAUUGAACCCACACCUCCCCCAAAUGAGUUCUUAUUCAACCACUGGAGAGUUUCUUACUCAAGCUGCAAGUACAGCCACCUGAUAACCUCACAUGGAUUUCAUCCAAAUGAGCUACUGAAAUACUGGCAUCACCUGCAAAGCAACAAACACAACGCCUGCAUCAAUGCCCUGAAGGAAAGGAUGAGUCGGACACACUCCAAAAGACUGCACUAAAACAAACUAAACUGAACUCCAAAUAUGGCUUGAUUGUGCAUUUACAGGUUUGUGUUCAAUAGUAUAUUAUAUAAACUGUUAUACACAGAAAUCAUUUAGUGAAAUUUUAUACAACUGCAUAGUUGGAGUUUUAAUGUACAUCCAAAAAAUGUGCAAUAAAUGGGAGAAUGAGAUAGUGUGUUCAAUAAAAUACUUAAUACCAAUUUACGAUUACUGUCACCAUUAACAAAAACAAAAAAUACUAACACUACUAUCAAAACUACAUAUUCAUUUGCAGAUUAGGGAUGCUGGAUAAAAAAAAAUAAAACUUAAAGACCAAUUUGGAUCUUCCCUGAAUAGUUUGAGAGAAAUCUUGAUCUAUUAAUAGAACUAGUUCAAAGCCACGUGGAUAGAAUAAAGAAACCAUUACACUGUGUUUAUAUUUAUAAUUGCAUUGUACGGUAUAAAAAGGUUCUUAUCAUUCACUUGAGA